AUGGAUGCGGCGCCAUAUCGGAUUUACAUCGAACACAAGAUAAAAGGAGAACAUAACCACAAAAUCAAUAAAUUUGCGUUGGGAGCUUAUCUGCGCGGAAUGUCCGAGUUCAAAUUGUUUAUCUCGGACAUGAAAUAUUUGGGCCAGUUCAAGAUUAUGGUAUUUGUCAGCAGCUACACGAAAGCAAAUCAACUUGUUGAGAUGGUGAAUAACAAUAGUGACACCUACAAAGCGUAUAUCCCGAGACAUCUAGUCUGCAUCUCAGGAAUGAUUGCAGGCGUUCUUACGGACAUCAAUUUGGGAGAUAUAAAAGGAGACAUACAGUGUGACGUUCCAAUCGUUGACGUAGUACGUAUGACAAAGAGGAUAGAUAACGAGCCAGUCCCAAUCAAUCGUCUUAUAAUAACGUUUAGAGCACACGAGCUUCCAUCCAGUGUAAAACUGUUUUGCUGCUACAGUAAAGUCUUCCCAUUUACCCCGAAAAUCACGGUAUGCUCCAAGUGUCUAAGAUUCGGACACCGUUUGGAGAACUGCAAAGGAACCAAACGAUGUGUAAAAUGUACACAAAGACACGAAAAUGAUGAAGAGUAUAAUAACUGCAACAGUCAGUGGUGCAUUCACUGUCGAAGCGAUGAACACACGUCAACAGAUCAACAGUGUCCAGAAAGAAAAAGGCAACACAGCAUAAAAUCCCUUAUGGCGCGCAAAAACUUAACAUUCACGGAAGCCCGACUGCAAUUCCCAGUGUUGAGUCAAAACGUAUAUGAACCGUUAAGCAGAGUCGAAGAAUUCCCCACGCUGAGCGAAACAUUUGCGGAUAUGACGAGAGACAACCACAAUUGGAAGAAUCCAUUGAAGGAGCAGUGGAGCCGCACGAACCGUGAACGACUACCAAUCGAGGCAGCAGUCAAACUGUAUAAAGAAAAGGACAAAGAUCAAAUUCAAACACGGAAGCGGUCAAGACCAAACCAGUUAUCUUAUACGGAGGACACAACAUAA